UUACGGGCCGCAACCGCUGUCGCCAUUUAAACACCCCCGCCCCGCUGCCAUUGGGCGGCGCGGCUGUCACUCAGCUCACUGCCCCUCCCCAUUGGACAGGCCCUCCAAGGCGCCGCCGCCAUUGGCCGGCGGGGGCACGCGGGGAAGCGGGCAGGAAGAUGGCGGCGGCGGGCGGAGCGGCGCGGCAGUGUUGGCGGCGGGGCGGUGCGGGGCUGACCCGGACGGUGCGCGGCCUCAGCGGGAGCGUGCGGGAGGCCGAAGGGCUGCGAGCGGAGGAGCUGGCGGAGCGGCUGAGGAGCAGCGCGGGGCAGCGGCGAGAGAUCCCCAAGGAUCCAGCACAGCGACAGCUCCGGGAACUCACCGCGCUGAGCCAGCAGCUGCAGCGGGUUCACCCCAACGUCCUGGCCAAGAUCCUCAAGCAGGAAACCGUGUACCAGAACGAGGAGAUCGUGGUGAUCAACAAACCCUACGGGCUCCCUGUGCAUGGCGGCCCCGGCAUCAAGAACUGCAUCGCUGACGUGCUGCCCAUUUUGGCCAAGAUGCUGGAGAACAUGAGAGCUGAGCCCCUCCACCUCUGCCACCGGCUGGACAAGGAGACCACGGGUGUCAUGGUGCUGGCACGGAACAGGGAGACAGCGGACAAGGUCCGGCUGCUCUUCAAAACCCGUCAGGUGGAGAAGAUCUACUGGGCAAUUGUCCUGGGGGACCCAGACCCUGCUGAGGGCAUCGUGGAGAUCCCCAUCGUGGAGAAGGAGGUGCAAAGCCACCAGUCGCACUACAAGAUGACGCUGGCUCCCAACUACCGCCUGUGUCCGGAGGAUGGGAAGGUGGUGAAAAUCCGCAGGAACCGGAGCGCCGAGAGCGCGGUGACGCGGUACCGCCGGCUGGCCGGCGCCUCCGCCUGCUCGCUGCUGGAGCUCCAGCCCAUCACCGGGGUGAAGCACCAGAUCCGUGUUCACUUGGCCUAUGGGUUGGGGUGCCCCAUCCUGGGGGAUCACAAAUACUCACAUUGGAGCAAGCUGGCACCCCAGAAGCUUCCUGUGCUCACCUUGAGGAGGCUGAAGCUGCAGCAGAGCAAGGCUCGGCACCUGCCCCUGCACCUGCACGCCCACCGGCUCUGCUUGCCCUUGGGCCAGCCCAUAGACCUCGUCUGCAAACCACCCCGCUUCUUCCAAAAAACGCUGAAGAAGCUGGAGCUGGACAUUGCUAAGGACUGAUGAGGAGUGGGGCCAGUUAUCUCCUCACGUCCAGCACGUGGCAGUGGCUGUGCCCGCCUUGGAGCCAGCGGUGGGGUGAAGCCUACAGUCGGUAGGCUGGUGUUGCUGGAUUCAGAGCAGGUGCCUGCGUGUGCUUCUGGCACAGGAAAGCAGCUGGGCACACUGAAGAGCCUCUAGUUUAGACAAACGAGGCUGGAUGGACGUUGGGCUCUGCCUGAUCCAUGUUUUGGACUUGUCUCCGAGCAAUAAAAGCUCCGGUUCCCUC